GAGAGACCUCUCGUUUUGUGCGUGUCCUGAGAGGGCUCUUUUUUCUCUCUAAGUUUCUACAAGUGGCAAUAUAAACAUGUGUGGUGGUGCUAUCAUUUCCGACUUCAUCGCCGUCAAGCGCGCCCUGAAGCUGACGGCGGAGGACCUCUGGUCAGAUCUUGACACCAUCUCUGACCUCCUUGGCAUAGACUACUCCAACAGCAUCAACAAACAGCCGGAGAAUCACAAGGUGGUCCAAAAGCCGAAACCAUCUAUCACCAAAGUGACAAGUGAUGAGAAGCCCAAGCAGGCGAGCGGGUCUGCUGCUGCCGCAAAAGGCAAGAGAGUGAGGAAAAACGUGUACAGAGGAAUAAGGCAGAGGCCGUGGGGCAAAUGGGCGGCUGAGAUUCGCGACCCCUACAAAGGCGUCCGGGUCUGGCUCGGCACCUAUGACACCGCUGAGGAAGCCGCCCGCGCUUACGAUGAAGCCGCCGUGCGCAUCCGCGGGGACAAGGCCAAGCUCAACUUUGCCCAACCACCAUCCUCUUCACCGCUUCCAUCUCUGGCGCCGGAUACGCCGCCGCCGACAAAGAGGCGGUGCAUUGUUGCUGAGUCAACUCGGGUGGAGCCGACUCAACCGAGUUUCCAGACCGGUUCUUACUAUUAUGAUCCAUUAUAUCACGGCGGUGGUGGUGGGGAAAUGUAUGCUAAGAAAGAGGUGGCGGGUGGGGACGAGGUGGUGGUAGAGCAGCUGAGUCAGGUGGUGAGUGGAAGCGGAGAGUCGGACUCGUUGUACCUGUGGAUGCUGGAUGACCUGGUGGCAUAUCAGCAACAAGGGCAGCUUCUGUAUUAAGGCAGCGGAAUUGUUCUAGCUAAAUAUUUGUAUGGCUAGGAAUUAAAAACAUAUUAAUUAAAGGGUAUGUAUGUUUAAUUUACGUGUGUGAAAUGCGAGUGUUGAGUAUGUCUAUGACUGGGUUUGUGUAACGUGUGUUGUUUGCUACGGUGUUUAUGUUUAAUAGUAACUGCUUUUGUCUUUGUGCAUGUUAUAUGAUCAAAGUGUUUCGGUUUGUGUU